AUGUCAAAAACUGAAACAAAAAAUUCCUACGCCGAUUUUGAUUGGUUAGAAAGAGCGAUAUCGGAAGAUUAUAUCAAGUAUUAUGAUUUUGGCGAGUUUACUAAUUUGGAAGAAAUCAGCAGUGGUUCUUAUGUAAAUGUUUCUUGUGCAAAAUGGAAAGGCUCUGAAACUAUCAUGGCUCUAAAACAUUCUUUUAAUUUGACUAUUAAGGAGAUUGUUAAUGAGGAUUGUAAUUUGGAAACAAUAUACAAUGAAUACAGUUUACAACAUGUUUUAAUUCAAGCAGAAAAGUUAUUUAUGGAAAUAUAUGAUAUGGACGAUAGUAUAGAUAUCCUUGUAUGUAAGCUAAUAAGACUGAUAAUUAAAACACAUGAUGAAGGAAAUAAUUGCAAUGAAACUGAACAUCUUAUUAAUCAUUGUAUAUUUCUUUCAAAUCGAACUUCGAAUGAGAUCUUUGAAUGGCUUAAAGAGCAUCAAUUGAACUCAAAAUAUCAAUUUUUCUUGGGAUUUUUGUAUUUCAAUUUGGAGAAAAAUGACAAUGAAGCAUUUAAAUUAUUUUUAAGUUCUUCCGAAAGUAAUUAUCCUAUUGCACAAGUUUAUGUUGCAAGUUGUUAUAAAGCAGGAUUCGGAACUGAGAUAAAUUAUAAUCUCGCUUUUAAAUGGAUGCAAAAAGCCGUAGAGAAUAAAAGCAUUUAUGGACAAAUUAAUCUUAGUAAUUAUUAUGAAAAUAGUAUAGGUACAAAUGAAAAUUUAGAUAAAGCUUUUAAUUUGUAUAAUGAAGCAGCUAAUAAUGGAAAUUUAUGUGGAUUAUUUAAUAUGGGUCGAUGUUAUGAACUAGGAAUUUUCAUGAAAAAGAAUUUAUAA